AUGAGUGGUCGAUUUUCUCGCACAAUCUACGUUGGCAACCUACCCUCAGAUAUAAGAGAAUCAGAGGUUGAAGAAUUGUUCUAUAAGUAUGGCCGCAUUGUGGAUAUUGAAUUGAAGAUUCCACCUCGCCCUCCGUGUUACUCGUUUGUUGAGUUUGAGAGUUCUCGUGAUGCAGAAGAUGCAAUCAGAGGGCGUGAUGGGUAUAACUUUGACGGUUGCCGUUUAAGGGUGGAGCUUGCCCAUGGUGGUAGGGGCCCAUCUUCAAGCGAUCGUCGUGGUGGAUAUGACAGAGGCAGCAGUGGUGGAGGUAGCGGUGGCGGUCGCUUUGGUGCUUCACGUCAUUCUGAAUAUAGGGUUAUUGUUCGUGGCCUCCCUUCUUCUGCUUCAUGGCAAGACUUGAAGGACCAUAUGCGAAAAGCUGGUGAUGUGUGUUUUGCUGAGGUUUCUCGUGACAGCGAAGGGACUUAUGGUCUAGUUGAUUAUACCAAUUCUGAUGACAUGAAAUAUGCUAUUCGGAAACUUGAUGAUACAGAAUUUAAAAAUCCUUGGACAAGAUCUUAUAUUCGGGUUAAAUUGUACGAGAGCAGUCCGUCAAGGAGCCGGAGUAGAAGUCGUAGCAGAAGCAGAAGUGUGAGAAGGAAUCGGAGUAAAUCUCGGGAGCGAUCUGUCUCAAGAUCAGUAUCAAGAUCUAGGUCUGCAUCACCUGUCAAAUCCUCCAGGCCAAGAUCAAGAUCAGGGUCAGAAUCUCCCCGUCCGGUGCGGUCGGGUAGUGGCUGA